AUGCUAAUGCCUCUGCCGCUAGAACGCCUCUCCACUCAGCCGGCCAGCCUGCAUGCCUCCUCGCAGAACUGUCCGGCCUCCGGUCGCCGUGGCGUGAAGAUUAGCAUCGAGACUGUCGGAAAUAUGCUUCUCAUUUUGCCCACCCCGUCGCGACGACAGGGCACAUCCGAUGCUUCCUACCGACGCAGUGUGGAGGGGACGGAUGUUAUGUCAGCGCUUUUUGGCAACUGGAACUUAUCUCCAACUGUCGCAUCUGCUGUAUGUCCCCAUAUGCGUAGACAUGCUUCGUGGACAUGGUCUUGCAACACUGAAGCUAAUCAGACCUACCUUCCGAUUGGAAGUACCUCCGGAACGGGAGAGCUACGUCCAGACGCAUGA